AUGGACCUGGCUAUCUUAUUCUUUCUUCUCGUGGUCUUUUCAGCCGCGCAAGGCCAUGUUCCUCAUCUCAGACAUUCUCGUCUUCACUCUGCUGGAGGCCCCUCGAAACUCACCCAGAGAGCUGAUGACGAUCCAUCAGACUUCUCCUGGGUGAAGAGAUGGGCAGCCAUAGGUGACAGCUAUACCGCUGGAAUCGGCUCUGGACGGCCUAUGGGCAGUAUCUUUGACGGCGAAGAAAUCGAUGUCAAAGUCAAGACUCUGAACAUCACAUUACCCAACCUCGAGUUUAGCGGACACGGCAACUGGUAUUGUUCUAGAUAUGACAUGUCAUAUCCCAUGAUCAUCAACAGAAUUCUUGGCUCGCAAGUCGAGAGUUUCCAGUAUGCUGCUUGCAGUGGGGAUCGUGCUGGACAGAUCUACCAACAAGCACAACAGAUUGAUGGAGAUCUUGACAUGGUCAUGUUAACAGCCGGCGGCAACGAUCUCUGCUUGUCUGGUAUUAUAGCCAACUGUAUUAUCCUUUCCGCCGGUCAUAACGAAGCAUGCGAAACCGUCCCCAAGAUUGCCGAAGACAAUGUCGAGAAUAUCAUCACGGACAACAUGAAGGAGAUCCUUUAUGCCCUGAAUAAGAAGGUGAAAGAAGAUGGCAUUGUCGUUGUCUUGGGAUAUGCUGAAUUCUUCAGCACCGAGAACGAUGACUGUGAGAACGAGUCUUGGGACAUAUCAGAAUUUAAAGAACCAGUACAAUGGCCACAGAAGCUGACAAUUGCACGGCCUCACCGGUUCAAUGCACUGGUUAAAAAGAUCAACAUGGCAACUGCUGAUGCUGUCAAUGCCAUUUCAGAAGAUGACGACGUCAAGUACAAAAUCGGCUUUGCACUGAUGCCAGUAUCGAUGGACAGAUGUGCUCUCCAUCCGCCAAUGGAGAUUACCCGACCUGAGAUGCAAUUCAUCAAGCCAAAGACGAGUCCUUCACCCGGAGAGCACGAUGAACUGAAGAAGCGUGGGGUUCCCGAAUCCGAUUACUAUGAUUACUCCCAGGGGGAGCUGAAGAAGAAGCGUGCUGCUGACAGCAUUUAG